GAGGCUCAAAGGAAACGGCAGCGAUAUAAAUCCAACCGUUGAUCCCGUCAUAUUCGGCUUUCCUUGGCGAGCAGCACAAGCAUCUUGGCAACCAGCCACUCCUGAAGUUCCGAGGACGACCAAGAUCUGGGGACAGCUUCUUGGCUAAUAAUAUCUAAUCUCCUCCGCAAUAUGGCGCCUUCUACCCCGUCACUCCUGGCGGCAGCCCUGCUGGCCUUCAGUCCCCAGGUCCUCGCCAAGGACUGGGAAGGAGCGCCCUACAAGUGGCUCUUCCAGUACCCGCUCCCCAUCCCGCCGGUCAAGAAGCCCAAGUACGACACGCCGUUCAAGCAUCCCGUCACGGGCCGGGACAUCAACUACUUCGAGGUCGAGGAGAAGCUGUUCUCCAAGAACGUCUACCCGGAUAGGGGUAACGCGACGUUCAGGGGGUACGAUGGCGUCACGCCCGGGCCAACCUUUCUAGUGGAGAAGGGGACCGAGAACAUCGUGCGGUUCACCAACCACAUCGACAUGGCCACUUCGGUCCAUCUCCACGGCUCCUCGACGAGGUCUCCGUGGGAUGGCUGGGCCGAAGACCUUACCAGUCCGGGCGAGACAAAGGAUUACUACUACCCUGACAGCCAAUCUGGCAGGAUGCAGUGGUACCACGACCAUGCCCUCGACCACACGGCAGAAAACGCAUACUUUGGUCUUGCUGGCGCCUAUAUCAUUCACGACCCGGCAGAAGACAGCCUUAAUCUGCCGUCGGGCUACGGGCAGUUCGAUAUCCCCCUAAUCCUGACAUCGAAGCAGUACAACGACGACGGCACCCUCUACUCGCCCGCGAACGAGAGGACGAGCCUGUACGGGGACGUUAUCAACGUGAACGGCCAGCCCUGGCCCUUCUUCAACGUGCAGCCCCGCAAGUACCGGUUCCGGUUCCUCAACGCCGGCAUCUCGCGCAGCUUCUUCCUGUACUGGGCCGACGUCGCCGACAAGGCCGGCACCAAGAUCAAAUUCGACGUCAUCGCCUCCGACACGGGGCUGCUUAGCGGGCCGCAGAAGUCAGACUCGCUCUACCUCUCCAUCGCGGAGCGUUACGAGGUCGUUUUUGACUUUUCGGGCUUCAAAGGCAAGACGCUGAUGCUACGCAACACGCGCGGCUUCGCGGCCGACACGGACUACCUGCACACGGACAAGGUCAUGACCUUUGUGGUCGGCAAGGACUCGGUCCCGGACCCGUCCGAGAUCAAGUCGUCGUUCCGCACCAUCCCGUACCCGGACCCCAAGGCCACGGUGGACCGGCACUUUAGGUUCGAGCGACAGGGCGGCGAGUGGACCAUCAACGGCGCGACGUGGGCCGACGCCAACAACCGCGUCAUGUCCAAGCCGCCGCGCGGCACCGUCGAGGUGUGGGAGCUCGAGAACAGCAGCUCGGGCUGGACGCACCCCAUCCACGUGCAUCUCGUCGACUUCCAGGUGGUCAAGCGGACGGGCGGCAAGCGCGACGUGCAGAGCUACGAGGCACAGGGCCUCAAGGACGUCGUGUGGCUGGGGCCGGGCGAGACGGUGACGAUUCGCGCGCGCUACUCGCCCUGGGACGGCCUCUACAUGUUCCACUGCCACAAUCUGAUCCACGAGGACCACGCCAUGAUGGCCGCCUUCAACGUCACCGCCCUCGAGGGCCUGGGCUACAACGAGACGAGCUUCGCCGACCCCAUGGAGAAGCGCUGGCGCGCCGUGCCCGAGACGCCCGAGCUUUUCAGUCUCGACGCCAUCACCAAGCGCGUCGCCUUCAUGGCAGGCGAACAGCCCUACAACAACGAGGAUGAGGCCGAGAAGCGCGUCAAGGCCUACUGGGCCACCAAGACGGCCGCCGCCGCCAGCCCUGCGACGCCGACGCCGACCUCCAAGAGCGGGUCUGGUAAGGGUGACGACAACAGCGGCAAGAGUGGCCCCGGAAAGAGCGGCUCUGGCAAGCGCGAAGCCCCCCGCGUAGCCCCCGCCAGGCGCUCUCCCCGUCGGGCCGGCCGCGCUUAGAAACAGCACUGAGUACUGAGUAGGUACCUCCCUAGGUACUGGC